CCCGGAGCCUCGCGACGCUGGCUGUCCCUGUCUCUGGCAGCCUAGUGGCAGCAUGGCCACGGUGGCAGCGGCGGCCCGCGGGGCCGGGGCGAGGGCGGCGGCGGCGGGGCUGCGGAGCGGCGGCGGGGCUGUGGCUCGGGGACGGCCGCGCGCGAGCUGCGCUCGGCGCCUGUGCACUGCCCCGGCUGCCCCGGCUGCCGUGGACAUGAAGAGUUACCUGUGGGCGCGCUACCACGAGGCGAAGAGGAGCACGGACGAAUUGGUUCCAUCCAUCAUGAACAACUUGCUGAACCCAGAUGCCAUUUUCUCGAACAAUGAGAUGAGCCUGUCGGACAUCGAGAUAUAUGGCUUUGAUUACGAUUACACCCUGGUGUUCUAUUCCAAGCACCUCCACACACUUAUCUUCAAUGCUGCCCGGGACCUUCUCAUCAACGAGCACAGGUAUCCUGCGGAGAUCAGGAAGUAUGAGUAUGACCCAAACUUUGCCAUCCGGGGACUCCAUUACGACGUCCAGCGGGCAGUGUUGAUGAAGAUCGACGCUUUUCAUUACAUCCAGAUGGGAACGGUGUACAGAGGCCUCAGUGUUGUUCCUGAUGAAGAAGUCAUAGACAUGUACGAGGGUUCCCACGUGCCCUUGGAGCAGAUGAGUGACUUCUAUGGAAAGAGUUCUCACGGGAACACCAUGAAGCAGUUCAUGGACAUCUUCUCGCUGCCUGAGAUGACCCUGCUGUCCUGUGUGAACGAGCACUUCCUGAAGAACAACAUUGAUUAUGAGCCGGUGCACUUGUACAAAGACGUCAAGGACUCCAUAAGGGAUGUCCACAUCAAAGGAAUAAUGUACCGGGCAAUCGAAGCAGAUAUUGACAAGUACAUCUGUUAUGCUGAGCAGACACGUGCGGUGCUGGCUAAACUGGCUGACCACGGCAAGAAGAUGUUCCUCAUCACCAACAGCCCAAGUAGCUUCGUAGACAAAGGGAUGCGGUACAUCGUGGGGAAGGACUGGCGGGACCUGUUCGAUGUGGUCAUCGUUCAGGCUGAGAAACCGAACUUCUUCAAUGACAAGCGGAGACCUUUCCGGAAGGUGAAUGAGAAAGGUGUCUUACUCUGGGAUAAAAUCCACAAGCUGCAGAAAGGCCAGAUUUACAAGCAGGGCAAUUUGUAUGAAUUUUUGAAGCUCACUGGAUGGAGAGGGUCCAAAGUGCUGUAUUUUGGUGACCACAUAUACAGUGAUCUGGCGGAUCUGACCCUGAAGCACGGCUGGCGCACUGGAGCCAUCAUCCCCGAGCUUCGUUCUGAGCUCAGAAUCAUGAACACGGAGCAGUACAUCCAGACCAUGACCUGGCUGCAGACUUUGACGGGGCUCUUGGAGCAGAUGCAGGUCCACAGAGAUGCCGAGUCACAGCUGGUUUUGCAGGAGUGGAAAAAGGAGAGGAAGGAGAUGAGAGAAAUGACCAAAAGUUUCUUCAACGCCCAGUUUGGGAGCUUGUUCCGCACAGACCAGAAUCCAACCUACUUCCUGAGGCGCCUGUCGAGGUUCGCUGACAUCUACAUGGCGUCUCUGAGCUGCCUCCUGAACUACGACGUCCACCACACAUUCUACCCCAGAAGGACUCCCCUGCAGCACGAGCUUCCUGCGUGGUCGGACAGCCCGUCUGCCUCCAAAGCCCCUCUGCUGCAGGAGGCGCAGGCCAAGUAAUCCUGUGUUUGCCUGAGGAAAAAGCCAGAAGCAUUCGUGGCCUCACAGCGGGUCAAGUAGCCUGAGAGUUGCUUCUCAGAGUCAGAUACGCCUUUUGUAUUUUUUUCUACCUUACCAUGAAUACUGUCCUGUCCAGGUUGAGACAGGAGCUGGCUGCCUGAGGCCUCCUGUCCCUUCUCCACACAACGGUGUUGAAACACUGUGGUGUUGCCUUGUUUAUCGUGGAACCAGCAACGCCAGACCUCUUGACGAGUGAAACCUCUUGAUGGCUGGCUGUGUUCCGUGGGGCAAGAGUGGACACUUCCUGAUUCUGUGAGACAUUUCUUGGUUGUUUACAUGCAACACUGGGGACCGCAAGGGCGUGUGAUCUGCAGAGACAACAGGGAGCAGGUUGCUGAGGGUGUAGCCCUACCUGUGGCCAGUUCCCCCGGUCUUCUGGUCUUAAGCUUUCAAAGAGAUUUUCACAUAGAAAUCACAGCCCCCCACAAUGACUUCGUUGAAGGAGAACCAGAAGCAUUUGUCCUCAGUGUAUACUUGCUUUGUCUGCCCCAAGGGGUGAUGGGUAGGUUCCCUCCUCCCCAGGAAAGGCAAGAGGAGACAGCUACUCUGCUAAAAUUGCCUUUCAGCCAGUCUGCUCGACGUGAUAGAAGACAAGAAAGACUCAAAGCCUUGGGACUCAGCCUGUGGCCAGCGCUAGCCUGUGUGCUAGGACACCCAGCACAGACAGCUCGCUGGUGGGAACUGGGAUCGCUACAUUUCAUGCUGAGAACCAAGCUGGAGAAAUCUCUUCUACCCUUCCCCCUCUGGAGGGAAGAAUCCUUUAUUACAUCUGAUUGCAGUAUCUUUGAACAUAUUUGAUGCUUGGGCACCACAGGAGUGGCUGCUGUUAUCGACACAGUUCUGUUUAAUGCCAUGUUCAUUGCAAAUGGUCAUGGCCAGAUUAGCCUUGUCUCAUGUGGCCUGACUCUUGUAAGCUUUUGUGCUAAUGUGGUGGUGCUGCUGCCGCCAUAGCUGCUGUCGCCAUAGCUGCUGCUUCUUUCUUCUCCUCUCCUUUCCCCCUCCUUUACCCCUGUAUCCCCCCACCUCCUACCCCCCAGUUAGGGUCUUGCUAUGGAGCCUGGGCUGGCCUUGGACUCAAUCCUCCUGCCUCAGCCUCCUGAGUGUUGUAUUACAGGCAUGCAACUGUGGUGUGGCAUGCAUACAUAUAAAGAAAGGCAGGGCUGUGAAGGAGACUUGUAGUGAGCGCCCGCUCUUUGGUGUCGUCACUGCAAUGAGUAGAUCCUCACCAGCUGUUGAGGGGCUGCGGCCUUGGCCUGUUGCGGAUUGCUUACCAGUAUGCAGAGGUUAAAUGAACUGUGCAGCAUUCACUGUAAUGCCGUGUAUUAACAUGGGAUCUUUGAUGUUGGUAGUGUUUGACAUUGUUGCGAAGGCGACCUUUCAAGCCCCCUCCCCGCUUCUUCUGUUCUAAACGCUGCGGCUCAGCAUUCUGCUCAGAACGGGAUGGGCAUUCCCGUGUUAGCCGUGGCAGCUGUUCAGUGUCAGGGUCCUAUAAGGAUGCAUGCUGCUCGGAAUGCCCCUAACUCGUGCUUUGUAGGAGUAGAAUGAAGAAGGGUAGACCAGAUGCCAGUUUCCAGGGUUCGUUUACUCCAGAUUAAGGUGGAACUGCUUCCUUGUGCUUAUAGUAGGUGACCUAAGCCUUGGGGGAGGAAAACAUCUCCUGGGUUUGAGAAAUGAAUUUUACAACCUAUUCUUGUGUACAAGGAUCACAGUCUUGGGGUCCCCAAGCGGGACAGUACUGGGGUCAGCUGGGAUGUCGCACCAGACCAGCAGCUGCAGACGACUGCACACAGAAACCGUGCUCUGGCAGCGUAGGCUGGCACAGCCUCCCUGUAGGAAAAACAGGGGCAUUUCCACUGUGUUAUGGUCCUCAUCUAGUGUGGUUGGGGGACAAGUUUUAGCUCGUUCCUGGGACUCUUGGCUGGGAGUCUGACCCACUGCACUGGUAUCUGUUCUUUCUAGAGUAUUCUUUUGUGUGCACAUUGAGGAUGGUAUAGGUAAAAGGGAAGGCAGGCCUUGUUUCCACCUUUAAAAAAAAUCAAAUUGUAAAUCGAACAGUAAAAUUAUUUUUAAUAUCUUUAAAUUGUAGGGUUUUUUUUUUUUUGUUUUUUUUUUUGACAUUGCUUAGACUGAUUUUCUAAGAAUCAUGUGAACAAAAAUUCAGUCUAAGGGGCGGUCCCUGACAGGGUGCUGUCCAUCAUGGUCACCGUGUCAGCAGGGGCUGCUGGAGCGCUUCGCACUGCUGGGGUUUUCAAGUGUUGCUUUUUCAGGGGAGAGCUGGGCUUUAAAAAUAUCUCAGGUGCUGGGUGUUUGAAGCUCUUAUUUCCCUCCUAAGAUGGCACGCCUCUUCCCUCUCCCUCCUUCUGUCUUCCCCGUCUCUCCCCCUCUGCUUUCUCCCCUCCCCCCUUCCUCCUUUGACCUCUGCUUUCUACCCUUGUCCGUCUCUGUCCUGUCUCUCCCCAUCAGUUCUCCCCUCCUUCACCGUUAAUACACCUGCUGCUGAUUCGGUCAGAUCUCAGACUAAAUUACUGGGUGCUUUGAUCGCAUCAGCCCUCUUAUUUAUCGAAAUAAGGGAGAAGUGAAACGCUCUCCUGCCUCCUGCCUAAUUUAGCUUUGAGGGGACUAAAUGGCUUCCCCUCCCCUCAGCAAGUGUUAAACGCUGCAAUUCCAUCUUAUCCAAACAGCUCACUGGCUGCCAAAUCCUCCUGGGGCUCUUGACUAAAAUGCUCAAGAGACUAAAUCUGGCCAGAUGCAGGGCUCCUUGGGAGUUCUCUUCAGCUGCUUAGGGAGCCCCUCCAUCCUUUCCCUCCUGAGGAUUUUCUUCUGUUUGUUAGUUUGGGACAGGGUCUCAGUAUGUAGCUCUGGCUGGUCUGGAAGUUACUAUGUAGAGCAGGUGGGUCCUAGACUUAGAGAGAUCUGCUUGUUUCUGCCCCCAUAGAAUGCUGGGAUAAGAGGCGUGUACCACCAGGCCUGGCAUGACUUCCUUUGGUUGGAUGGGUUGUUUUCUUUCUCUUUUAUUUUUCUUGUUAUUUAUAUUUAUUUAUGUUUUUGGCCUUAAUAUUUGGGAACUAGGUUCUUGAGUUCAGCUAACGUUUCAGACCACGGACAGGUUAAGCAAAGGGAAGGAAGAGGAGGGGCCUCUUUUCUAACAAGGGAACCAUUUUCAAACUUUGCAGGCUGCUCCCGCUGCGGCUUCUGUAGGAAUGGAUAUACUGUUCCAUUGGGAUUCGAUUCACUAGCACAGACUGUGGCUUGCUGGCUCCUGCUUGGAUGGCAAGAUUCUUUGCUUAGAGCAUGUGGAGCAGCCUUCCAGCUUGAGUAGUCAGUGGAAGAUCCAAGCCAGUGCGCCAUGUCCCUUUAGCCACCCUGUCUACCACAUGUAUCUGUCUCUGCAUGGCUGGUCAGUGCUGAGUGUGUUUGCAGUUCCUACGGAGAUUACUGUGUGGAUUUAAGUUACGAGUUGUUGCUCCUUUUAUGACUCUGCUGGGCUCAGGACUGAAGGUCGGUUCAUCCCAGGGGCUGGGAGUGUUGCCGGCUGAUGUGUUUCUCUUUGAGCAUUUCCUCGAUUCGCAGCCCUGCCUUGCCCCUGAUCGUAUGCCUUUCCUGGGGGUGUGUAAUCCAUGACUAUGAAGAGAUGAGGGCCUGGUCUCUCCAACACUACUUUGGGGGACAGCUCUGGAGCUCCCUUUGGGGCUACAAGACCUUCCUGUGCUUGCCUUGCAUUUUGGUGCCCCUUCCCCUCCCGGGUGUCUGUCCCAACACCCCAGCAGUGCCCCUUGUAAAACCUCCCUGCAUGAAGCUUUUGUCUCCAGUCUGUUCCUGCGUUUUUUCCUGUUAGCGCAGGCUUGAGCUCCAAUGAAGGCCCAUUUCCUCACUGUGUCGUGGGACAAUUGUGCCUGUGUGGUUAUCAGGCAUGAUAAAUGCAAAGUAGGUUUACUAUUUAUUCGGAAUGUGAAUUUUUGCUAUUUAUUCUACCUGUUGAUUGUAUGUGUUGUGAUAAUGAACUUAAAGCCAAAUAAAAGCUUGAAUUGUA